AUGUGCCUUAACUGGUACUGGGUCGACAUGAUUGGCCGCGACCCAUCGCGGCGCAAGUACAACGCCGCCCUGCGCUUCCUGACGAAGCGCUUCAACAUCAGCGAAUCGUUCCUGACCGACCGGGAGCACUCGCUGGUGCUGCCGCAGAUAUGCGAAGCACCUGAGACGCCGACGCAGUUCCUUAUUUGCCUGCGCGUUGCCACGCCGCAGAUCGCACUAGAGGACGACAGCGUGUUAGAGCUGACCAACCGCUGGAUUAUCGUUGUGGACCUUGACCUUAAACUCAUCAUCACAAUCCACCGCAUGGACUGUGCGUGUAUGGCGAACAUGCGGCAGCAGUGGAAGUCGCUGAUGGAGGGGAAUGUCAUAUCAUUCCAGGAGUUUCUCGUGAAGAUUCUGCACGACGCGGUAAACACGUUUCAGAGCUCCCUUGACGUUCACGCCAACCUUCUUGACCAGUGCGAGUCCAAGCUCUUCGUGUCGGGGCUGGGCGGCGCGCGCAAACAACACGGCGGCGAGGACGAUCGGCGAGAGCAGUACUCGGAUGGCAAGAUUCUCUCACACUUCGCAAACAGCUCGCGUUCGCCGUUCCUGCUGCAGCUGCUCAACCGCAAGGAUGCCAGGCCGAUGGGCAAGGGCCCCAUGAAUAUGUUUCUCUACCACCUGCACCGCCGCACAAAUGUACAGUACCGUGUGCUAAACAUCACGCGGACCGUUCUCGCAGAGAGCUUCACCAAACUAAGACUGUGCAGCAAGGAGCACGCAAAUCAGAUGUGUGUGCACUGCAUCGAGCUCAUUGACCGGGCGCUGGAGGUGCGCGACGAUGCCAAGACACUUCUCAACCUGCACAUUUCCCUCCAAUCAUUCCGUGCAAAUGAGUUAAUGGCUGUGCUGACGAAGUUCUCUGUCUUCUUCACACCGUGCUCAUUCCUAGCGGCAGUUUACGGCAUGAACUUUGAGCACAUACCGGAGUUCAAGUGGCUGUACGGCUACGCGUUCUACUGGGCUGUUUGCUUGAUGGUGUGUGUGCUCAUCUACUUCUACAUGGGCCGCAUCGGUUUGAUGCAUUAG